AUGGGAAACUCGGACAAACAGAUCGGAGUGGCGAUCUUCUUCAUCGGCUCGCUGGCGUUCAGCUACUACACCCUCUCAGCCCUCGUCGUCCUCCUCCUCCCCAACAACCCGACGGCCGCCAAAUACUUCCUCUCCUACCCAGUCCUCCUCAAGAUCCCCACCAUCGGCCUCGUCCUCUUCAUCUCCACCGUCGGCACCUGCAUCUCGCUGCUCAUGAUCAAAGAAGCUCUCAAGGAUAACGCCAAACAUCAGCAGCGGCAUGCUCGCGCUUGA